GGGGCCGCCUGUGCGGGGGCGUCUGUGUAGGGGCUCUUUCCUCGGCCCCCGCCACCCACCCCCCACAGAGAGAGUCGGACUCACGCUCCUGCCCCCAUCCCCGCCGCGAUCCCCGCUCCAGCGGAGCCACUUUGCCCCUCUCUACACUCUCGACCCCACCCCCACCCCCCACCCCGCCCCUCUCCCGGCGUGUCCCCGGCCGCAGCCGCAGAAACCGCACCGUCUGCAUCCCCACGUUCUCCACGCGGGACGCGCAGCCGUGCCGACAAGUGUCCUUAAAGCAGAGAUGAAUAAUACUGCAGCCAGCCCAAUGUCUACUGCAACUUCAAGUAGUGGAAGAAGUACAGGAAAGUCUACAAGCUUUGCCUCAGAAUUGCAGAGCAUGCUGUUUUCUUUAGGUGAUUCUAGGAGGCCUCUUCAUGAAACAGCAGUUUUGGUAGAAGAUGUGGUACACACUCAGUUAAUUAAUCUGUUACACCAAGCUGCUGAAGUCUCUCAGCUCCGGGGAGCAAGGGUAAUAUCUCCUGAAGAUCUUCUGUUUUUGAUGCGCAAAGAUAAGAAAAAACUUAGAAGACUGUUAAAAUACAUGUUUUUCCGAGACUACAAAUCAAAGAUUGUCAAAGGCAUAGACGAGGAUGAUCUUCUUGAAGACAAAUUGAGUGGCAGUAAUAAUGCAAACAAAAGACAGAAAAUCGCGCAAGACUUUCUCAACUCUAUUGACCAAACUGGAGAACUCUUGGCAAUGUUUGAAGAUGAUGAAAUUGAUGAAGUUAAACAAGAAAGAAUGGAGAGAGCAGAAAGACAAACUCGAAUUAUGGAUUCAGCCCAAUAUGCAGAAUUCUGUGAAAGUCGACAAUUGAGUUUCUCCAAAAAAGCCUCCAAAUUUCGGGACUGGUUGGACUGUAGCAGUAUGGAGAUAAAACCCGAUGUUAUGGCUAUGGAAAUUUUGGCAUAUUUAGCGUAUGAAACUGUGGCACAGUUAGUAGAUCUGGCUCUUCUUGUGAGACAGGACAUGGUAACCAAGGCGGGAGACCCAUUCAGCCAUGCCAUUUCGGCGACCUUCAUUCAGUAUCACAGCUCUGCUGAGGGAUCUUGCAUGAAGUCCUACCCAGACUCCCCUGAGAAUACACCUCCUCCUACACCAACAGCUCCAUCCUCUGGACCACAGCAUGCAGGGAAAGCCUCAGCAGGGUCCCUUGGGAAUGGAAAUGCUGGACAAGACUCAGCUAAAACCAAGCAAAGGAAAAGAAAAAAGAGCACCGCGGCCUGUGGUGUUGAGGCUCACAGCGAUGCCAUCCAGCCCUGCCACAUCAGAGAGGCCAUUCGGCGCUACGGCCACAAGAUUGGCCCCCUUUCCCCAUUCACAAGCGCCUACCGCAGGGCCGGGAUGGCCUUCCUGGCCUGCUGACUGCGGGGCGCGGACACGGGACCGGCGCUGCUCCCUGAAGGUUUUCAUGGUGACCUCCUUCCCACCAAUACACCUGCCCACCUCAGUGCCUAGACCUGCUGCCUGCUCUCACCUCUACGUCCCUGUUGGUCUCCAGCCUUCCUAUGAGUGUCCCUAAUCAUCUCUCCUGGGCUCUGCAGCCUGUCCCAGCUUAAGGGUUUCCUGCGGGCAAGUCUUGAAUGUAUACAUUUUUGUAAUCACCACAUGCACACACUAGGUAUCCAAUAAACAUUUGUUAGAUGGUUAACAGAAAAACUCAUUUAAGUAGAAGCACAGAAUCCUUUUCGUUGUUGUUAAAUCUCUGUGUAAUUUCUUAUCGAUGCUGUUUCACUUAUUUGGCUGCAAAUCUCCUGAACUGUAGAUGAUCACAACCUUUUUCUUAAAAACAAAUACAGUGUCUCCGGAAAUCAACUCAGAGCGCCCCAUGCUCAGGCCCACUGUGGCCUUUCUGAGUGGGCAUUGCGACUUCAGGCUGUUUGAAGGGGUUAAUGGGCUCAGGAAGAGAGGAGCUCGAUCCCACUUAUCCUGCUGAAGACUUAAGGAACUGCCCUGUCCCAUCCAAAUGUAAUCCACACAAACAAGUAAAGAAUCCUAGACUCGCCCGCUACUUUUGUAUAUAGCACUGUCUUUGAAAACCUGCUAGCUCUCCCAUUGUUUCCUGUAAAGACAAUGAACCAUUUUAGGAUAAAAUUUCCUUAAAGGAAAUGGAAAUAACAUUUCCAUCAACCUUAAAGUAGAUAUGAUGAUCUGUUCAGACUGAAAAGAAUGAGAUUUUUGUGAACUGGAAGCAACAGUUUAUCACCCAAGAAUAGCUUGCGAUAAAAAUGUGUUUUCUGUAUCUCCGUUCGUUCAUUCACUCAUUCAUGCAUUCAUUGUUUUCAUUAAAAAAAAAAAUACGUUAGCACCUAUGAAAGCCAAGCAAUCACUAUAGAGUCUAUAAAUUCCCAAACAAUGAGUCAAGGGCCCGUGGGGAACGCCAGAAGUCUUCAAGGGGCCCAUGAGGCUCCUUAGAUUAAAUUAUGUGUAAGUUAACUACGCAUAUUUUGCCCACAUGGACACCACUCUGUUUCAAAUAUACAUAUACAAUAUAUAUGAUGUAUAACAUACAUUAAAUAAGUACAUAUGUGCACCAUUGUGAUUUAUAAAAUAUAAGUUCAUUUAAAAGUGAUCAUAGAAUCCUGGUAGCUUUUUAACAUUACCUUUUUUUUUUUUUUUUUUUUUUAAUUCACAAGGUAGGAAAAAUGCAAGUUAUCGAAUGCAUGGGUUAGUGAGUGAGUUUUUGCUAAAAGGGACGGUUGGGCUCAGGGCACAGGCCCACUGCUUUCUGUGCUUGACAGGAACAGCCAGUCGCUUCGAGGGGCUGUGCCUCCUGAAGGCUUGGGGCUGUUUCGAUCAGUAUUCAGGGUGUUUUUCCUUCAGCAUAACCUGUCACCCGAACUUAUUUCAGUCUUAUUUUGGGAAAAAUUUAUGAUCUUUUUAACAGUAGGAAGUUUUGCGUUUCCUGGCAUUUUAUUGCUUUGGGUAUUUGAAGCAUUUCAAUCCCAGACAAUAAAUAUUAUGUGAUUAUUGUUUUCAUAUGGAUAGGUUAUUUCCUCUCUGUUUUUUUCUAAACCCCUUUCCCAACUAAUAAUACUCAACAAUGUAUUAACAUGAAACUGUGCCAUUCAGCUUUUCCAGAAUCAGGCAUAAUGAAAAUUGAAAGAGGGGCAGGUUAGAGGGAGGAGGGUUAGUCAGAGUUAAAAAUAAAUGGAGGUGUGUGGUUUUCUUUCAGCUGGAUUUCAAAUGUUUCUUGCUCAGUUGAGAUCAAGAUUAUAUGAAUUCUAUAAAUCAUGUUUAUAAGCUCUCAUAACCAGUUAUCACAUUAAGUGGUAUCUUUUUAUAGGAUUAUUAUGGGAAGAAAGUGGGUCUCAACAAAGUAGAUGAUAUUAGCCAAGCACCCCAUGAUUACUGCGUGUUCAAAAGCACGCCCUUUAAAUGUCUACCCUCAUGGCUCUCAUCUUCUUCACAUCUUCUCACACUGUCACUGAGAGAAGUCUUCGCUGGCCACCCUUUUAAAUACUGAAACCCCAGCCUCUGCGCUAGCACACUAUUUCCCUUCCCUGCUUUUUGUUGUUGCUGUUCACUCGAACAAGUACCGUUUCCUAUACUUAUUUAUCUUGUUUAUUGUCUCCUCCUUCUAGAAUGUAACCUAAGAUUAAGGAUACAGCCUAUUUCACCCACUGCCCCAUCUCUAGCACUUGGAAUGGGGCCUGACACACAGUGCACUCGGUCAGUAUCUUACUGAGUGGAUCAUGGGUUGAUCAGUCCUUAAAUCUACAGUUUUUCACAGCACUGGACCCAUGUUGCUGGACUUUCAUGUCUUCUCACUUCUGUCCUGGCUGCUGUUGUUUCCCUCCCCACCUCGAUGUCAGCUUCCCCUGACCUUCCUAAUUCCUCUGAACUUCCACUGUGACACCAGUCUGUUUAAAAGGCUUUACAUCCAGUACUUCCUAAAUCACAGUGCAUCUUCAACAGAGUAAGAGAUUUGGCCACCACAAGCAAGAGUGAGUUAUGAUUCAGUAAGGUUUUCUUUAAUGAGAGGGCGAAUUUUUUAUAUAUCUAUUUCACUACUUAUUCGAAUUUUCUUUUUAAUACAACUCCAGGUUAAUAUUUUUAGUGCAUUUAUGACUUUAUAUAUUACAAUAGUAUUUUAUUUUUUAAUUAUUAAUUUGAGAGAGAGA